AUGUCUUCAGCACCUGUAACGAUAACUAGUAAUGGUGCAACAUUACCAGGUGAAAGACAAAAUGGUGUUGAAGAAAUUCAUGGACAAAUUUUUGCUGUUGCCCCUCGCUACGUUAACCUUAGUUACAUAGGUGAAGGUGCCUAUGGAAUGGUUGCAUCUGCUUUAGAUACAAUUACCAAAGAAAGAGUUGCUAUUAAAAAAAUAUCACCUUUUGAACAUCAGACAUUUUGUCAAAGAACAUUAAGAGAGAUUAAAAUAUUAUCAAGGUUUAAGCAUGAAAAUAUAAUUAAUAUUCAAGAAAUAAUUAGUGCACCAACAGUUGAUCAGAUGAGGGAUAUAUACAUUGUUCAAUGUCUUAUGGAAACUGAUCUCUAUAAACUUUUGAAAACUCAACGGCUUUCUAAUGAUCAUACAUGUUAUUUUUUGUAUCAAAUAUUGCGUGGAUUAAAGUACAUACAUUCAGCUAAUGUACUUCACAGGGAUUUGAAACCAUCAAAUUUACUCCUAAAUACAACAUGUGAUUUAAAAAUAUGUGAUUUUGGUUUAGCACGUGUCUCUGAUCCAGACCAUGAUCAUACUGGUUUUUUGACUGAAUAUGUUGCCACUAGGUGGUAUCGUGCUCCAGAAAUUAUGCUUAACUCAAAAGGAUAUACUAAAGCUAUUGAUGUUUGGAGUGUUGGUUGUAUAUUAGCUGAGAUGCUUAAUAAUAGACCAUUAUUUCCUGGAAAACAUUAUCUUGAUCAAUUAAGUUUAAUUCUUGCUGUAGUUGGAUCUCCAAGUCAAGAAGAUUUAUCUUGUAUUUUAAAUGAUAAGGCUCGUUCAUACCUCCUUUCACUUCCCCAUAAACCAAGACAACCAUGGCAUAGAUUGUAUCCGGAUGCUAAUCCAAGAGCUCUUGAUUUACUUGAUAAAAUGUUAACAUUUAAUCCUAAUAAAAGGAUAACUGUAGAGGAGGCAUUAGCACAUCCAUAUUUAGAACAAUAUUAUGAUCCAAAUGAUGAACCAAUUUGUGAGAAUCCAUUUACAAUUGAGAUGGAAUUUGAUGACCUACCAAAAGAAGUAUUAAAACAAAAGAUUUUUGAGGAAGCAGAAAAUUUGCACAAACUUAGAGAGACUGAAAGAAAUAAUGUCUAG